AUGUCAAAGUCGAUUUAUAAGGCAGAGAUAUUGUCCAAUAAUUCUGUUAUUGUUCAACUUAUAUCACAAUCAUCAUCAAUCACAGUUGCAACAUACGAUGGUCUUGCUCUAUCAUCUGUACUUAAUGAUUUUUCAGCUAAGAGUGGUCAUAUAUUGCAUAAUCAACGAUGUCUUAGAAGAACGACAAAAUGUACAUUUGACGAUACGUUCAAUCGUACAAUUGCUGUUCAACAUAUAAAAAUAAAAUCUAUGAACAAUUUUAGUGAUUAUAUAAUUAUUGUUCAACACGUUUUAUCUUAUAAUAUUCAAGUUUCAUCAUUUUCAUUGAUCAAAUUUCUUGUACUCAAUCGAUCGAAUAUACCAAGAACAGAGACAAUAAUCUAUGUAACAUUGAAUUCGUUAUCAUCUUCAUUUGAUAUCAAUAUCAGAAUUAGACGUUGUGAUUUAAUUGAUUCGCCAUUUUUACUAUUAUUUACUCGUAUGAUGUCAAAUAUGGUUCUUAUGGGUAUGAGUCAAUGUCAAGCAAUUGAUGAUGAUACUAUUCUUACUAUUAAGAAGUAA